AAAAGAAGACACUACUGAUAAUAUCUGAGAGGAAGGAAACAGUGCAUGGUGCUGGGCCUCUGCAUGUAACAUUAUAAAAAUUGUCUUUUUUAUAGACCAGCCCCCCAAACGGUUUCCAGAGAUGGAUUAUCUUACUUUCCUCUUGGCUAUUCUUCAUGUAUACAAAGCUCUAUGUGAAGAGAUGUUUUGGGACACAACUGUUAAACUUGCCAAGAAUAUGACUCUAGAAUGUGUGUAUCCAUCAGCGGACACCUUAACCCAAAUGGAGUGGUUCAAGAUCAAUGCAACAGAGAAAGAGUCCAUAGUCAUUUUUAACCCAUAUUAUGGUGUGAUGAUAAGAAAGCCCUAUGUCGAUAGGGUGUACUUUUUCAAUUCAACCAUGACUCCUAAUGAUAUGACCCUGUCCUUUCAUAAUGCCUCUGAAGCUGAUGUUGGCUUCUAUUCCUGCUUUCUUCAUACUUUCCCACAUGGACCUUGGGAAAAGGUGAUACGGGUGGUUCCAUCAGAUAGUUUUGAGACAGCUGUGCCAUCAAAUAGUCGCAUAGUCUCAGAACCUGGAAAAAAUAUCACACUCACCUGUCAGCUUCAGAUGAAGUGGCCAUUACAACAAGUUAUGUGGGAAAAGAUCCAGCCCCAUCAGAUCGACCUCUUAACUAGCUGCAACUUGUCACAAGGGAGAAGUUACACUUCAAAGUACCGAAGACGGAUCCUGAGCAACUGUAGCCAGGGAAUGAGACGGGCCUCCAUCGUCAUGCCCUAUGUCACGGCCUCUGACUCGGGACUUUACCGAUGUCGCUUCAAGGCCAGCACAGGAGAAAAUGAAACCUUCGUGAUGAGAUUGACCAUAACCGAUGGUGAAACCGAUAACCGAUACAUCCUCUUCGUGGCUGGAGGGACAGUUUUAUUGUUGCUGUUUGUUAUCCUAAUUACCACCGUCAUUGUCAUUCUUCAUAAGAGAGGGAAAAGGAGACAGCAAAGUGUUCUAGUUAAAGAGUCCUGGGAUACACAGAAUAAGGCAGCCAACAAUUACAGAAGUCCCAUGUUUACCAAUCAACCGCCAGAUGAUGCAAGAGAGGAUAUUUAUGUUAACUACCCAACCUUCUCUCGUAGACCAAAGAUUAGAGUCUAAGCUCUUUCCUUGAUCUGAGCAAAUGAUGAUGACUAUUAUGUACAUGGAUCUUUAUACAAUUUCUUCCCACUACUCAGUCUACCUUGGAUACCAGUUGACUGAAUUUAUUUCAUUUGAUAGGAAAAAUACUGCAUUACCUAGAGAACAUUCUUAGCAGAAAUGUUUUGGAAAACCUGGCUCUAAUUACCUUAUACAUAAAAGGAAACUUAUUGAACCAUGUAAUGGAACAAUCCAGAGGAGAGCAAUCUUGAGGCAAGAGUUAUUUAUCAGGGCUUACUUGUCUAGAAUUAAGUAUAGGCAUAACCCAGUUUCUGCAUCCUCUUUCACCAUGUUGGAUCCACUUCUUAGAGUUAGCCUAACUCCCAUUUAGGCAUUUCUCUUGUGUUUCCAAGAUGACUGCCGACAACUCUUGGCAAUUCAUCAUCCUUGUUUUUGUCUAGUCGAGAGUUUUCUUCUCUGAUGGAGCAAACAAAUUUGGUUAUUUGCCCAUAAUUAAACAGUCAUCAUGGCCAGAAAGGAUGAAGUCGAUUAAGGGUUCAUCUCUAGAGCUAGGAGUGGAGCCAAAGCAGAGUACUGGGAAAUUCAGAGUGUCUUUAGAAGAAGGGAAGAGGAGCCUGGAAGCUGCGCUGGUUACCAACAAAUGUGGACUGCAGUGACAUUUCAAGAUAUUUCUUGUUAGCCAACUAAAAAGAGAAUAUGCGGGUGGAUUUAGACUAGCUCCCUCUCUCCCUACUUCUAGAAUCUGCUUUAUCAGCUUAGUCCAGAAGAGUAGUUGGCAGAAUAAAUGACUGGUCAAGAGAAAGAGAAAUGUGACAAGGAA